ACUAAAACCGCAGCAGCCCUCUCUCUCACUCUCAGCAGCUCUCACUCGUCGUCGUCCACCUCUCUCCUCUCACCGCAGCUGCCGGCCGGCAGCAGCUCCAUCUCACUAUACCUGGGCUAGUAGCCAAGCCAAGAAAGUUCAUUCCAACGUUCCGAUCCACACGUGCGCGCACGUACGCGGCCGAUCGCCCGGCCGGCCGGCCAGCUCGCCAUUGCCAUCGCUUUAUUGGUUGAUCGAUCAAAAGUAAUGCCGGAGGGAGAGGUAGAGGUGUCCAGCAGCCCGGCGUCGUCCGGGGCCACGUCGUCCUCGCCGCCGCCGUCGCCGGGGGCGAGGAGCCGCGGCGCGGGAGCGGAGAAGCGGGCGCGGGCGCGGGACACGGACGGCAUCGGCAGCCGGAGCCACCCGUCGUACCGCGGCGUCCGGAUGCGGGCGUGGGGCAAGUGGGUGUCGGAGAUCCGCGAGCCGCGCAAGAAGUCGCGCAUCUGGCUCGGCACGUUCCCGACCCCGGAGAUGGCGGCGCGCGCGCACGACGCCGCCGCGCUCGUCGUCAAGGGCCCCUCCGCCGUCCUCAACUUCCCGGACAUGGCCGCCGCGCUCCCGCGCCCGGCCUCCGCGUCCCCGCGCGACGUCCAGGCCGCCGCCGCGCGCGCCGCCGCCAUGGAGCCAGCUGCCCUGGUCCUGGUGCCGGGUGCGGGUGGUGCGCCCGCGGAAGCCGCCGGCGCCGCAUUGCAGCUGCAGCCCGCCGCUCCACCAGCGGCCGGGCACGGUCAGCAGCAGGACGAGGCGGAGCUGGAGGCGAUCGUGGAGCUCCCGCGGCUGGACGAGGACUACCUCAUGACCACGUUCGGCGCCACUACGCCCUGCUGCUUGUCGUCGUCGUUCCACGACGUCGCGACGCCGUGGUGCGACGACACGGUGUGGGUCGACGGCGACGCCGGCGGCUACGUGGCGGCGCAGCACGACGACUACCUGUUCGGGCUGCUGGACGGCGAUCACGGAUGGUCGCAGUCGGUUGGUGCCCUCCUGUGGAACUUGUGAUUUGCUUCUCGAUCGAUCGGUCUGCGUGCUAAUCAACUACUGCUACUUUGUGUAAUUAACUCCUGUAAAAUUUUAAUCACCUCUCCUGUCCUUUUAUCGCCGGAUGAUUCUGCCUCUCUGCAGAAUCUGGAGGUAGAUAGCUGCAACUUUGUAGAGAGUAGCGAAAAAAACCUGAAAAAAAGGUUGCAACUUGCAACUGCGGUACGGUUGUGUCCGUCGUCUUUUCUUUCCGGCGUACGGUCUUUUCGUUGCCUUUUUGGUCGGUUUGGGGACGCUUGUCUUGUGAAUUUGUCUCCAUUUCUCCUUCCUUUUUUGUUUUUUUUCAGAGGGCGCUGCGCUGCUACCUAUUAUUGGCCUGCCUGAUCAAUAAAUAAAAAUGUAAGUAGAUGCAUGCAUGUAAUGCAUCAUCUUUGGUUUAAUUACUUGGUUUGCUUGGCAAUUUCAAGCCUGUUUAGAUCUAUCAACUAAACUUUAUCUGACAAAAUUUAGCUACUAGGGAUCCAAACAUUCUAGCUAAAAGAACAGCUAAAGUUUGGCUGAUCGAUUCAACCAAAUUGAACUCAGCUAAAGUUUACUUCCAAACAGGGCCGAGUACUCCCUCAAUCUAGCUAUCUUUUGCAAAUCAAAGCAGCUAUUUAGACUUGUGUUGGAAAAUGAAGCUGCUAGCGGGUAGAAAUGGCGGCUUUUACUUCCCAUUGGCCCUUUUGCCACUCAUGUGUUGUAUUCAUCAGGUCUUGUAAAGGAAAGCAUUAUUGCUACCGUACCAUUGUAGUAAGUGAUAGCCUAUUGUACCAUGCAGCUAGCAAGCUUCAAAGUGGAAAUGUACGAGGUACGGUGGAGUUAGUACUUGUGGUACUAGGGCUACCUUUUCUUU